UUAAGCGAGAAAGAAAAAGACAAACCAAAAUAAGAUGGAUCUGAUAUCUGCGUUGCAGUUUCUUCGGUUAAACGAUGUCCCAGAAGCCUGGGUGGACGCGGUGUGGGAAGUGGAGUUUACUGAAAGGAAACCACUGGAUAAAACUAUAGAAGAGGAACUUACAGCCAGGCGAGAGAAGUCUUUCACAGCCCUGUACCAGUGUUUACUGGCACAUGCUGAUCAAUAUCAGUCUGCAGGCAGUGAUGGAGCUUCACAGAGUGUCUGGGCAGUUCUGGGGGAGAGUGGCAUAUCAGUCAAGUCUGUGGUGGCUGUGCUGUCCUUCUUUGUCCUGGCAGGAAAGUCUAAAGUGGCCAGUGGCCACCAGAGGGUGAACAGCCUGUGUGCAGCCUCAGUGUACCUAUUACUUCUGAGAACUCCAGGGAGCAUUUCCAACAAGGUUUUUCAUGAAGUUUUGUUGGACACAUGUUUGGACCUGACCCGUCACUGCUGGCCUCAGGAUUCUGAAAAGAAACGCAAAAAAGACCUGAAGAGUUCUCAGACGGAGGGAAAACGCUCCAGACCACAGAGGAAAGACAGUCCAGAGAUGGAAAUGGAGGAGGAGGAUGAGGAGGAAGAGGAAGUUCAUCUUUCUGGAAAGGACCUGAUGAGGAUCAGAGAUGCUGUAGCUCUCCUGGUUCAAAGCUUACUGAGACUUCUGCAAACAUUUCCACUAAAAGACAGUCCUCAGACCAUGAUCCACUGUAUGCAGAUCUUCAGUAACCUGCUUUACUUUGAACCCACCACUGGCAAACCAGCUUUUGCUGCUGAACAAGACGUUACCAAACUAAGGAGCAUUCCAGAGAUGGCUUUCUACGGCCUACAGCUGCUUUGCUUGCCAAAACAUGGAGACCAGAAAGAAUCCUUGAGGAGGGUGUUCCACCAGCUCCUCUACGUGAUUUUGAUGAUGAAAAAGGGCAACACUGGGAAGCCGUCCCUCCUCGUACCGAGCCAGACCGUCCUCGCUACUCGUGACCAGGCCAUCCAGUUUGUCUGUCAUCUUGUGGACGAGCUGAAGCAGCUGGCACUGCCUUUCCUGCAAAUCCUCCUCCAGCACAUCUGCUUCCAGAUGGUUGAAAAGAAUGAGUAUCGAAGCCAUGGAGCUCAGGCUGUGGGUAUGCUGACGUCUCAGAUGGCAAGUGAAGACUAUGCUUGCUUCAUUAAGUGGCUGUGUAACUUCUCCAGAAGCUCAAAGAUGGUGCACCGGCUGUUCUCUGUGGAUGUGGUGAUGGUUUUGCUGGAGCAGCCAGAGAGAAGACCGGAGGAGUGUCGAGAUCCGGACCUUGUUUGUUUCCUGAUGCACAGCUCCCUUAUCCAGAACCUGCUCUUUGCUCGACGGAUGGAUGAAUCUCCCACUGUCCAGGGCCAUGCUCUGAACUGCCUGGCUCAGUGCCUGGAGCUGCCUUCUCUCAAUGCCACCAGAGCCAUCCACAACCUCUUCUCUGCCACUGGAACCCAGACGGUGCUGGAAGGUGAAAUCACAGAAGGGACUCUCAGUACCCAGCACACUCUGAAAACCUACCGCACUCUUCCAUUCAGGACUGUGGAGCUGAGCAGCACUGACAGCGCUGCUUGUUAUGCAAAAGAGAAUUUGGCCCUCCUCCUGCGGCGUGUGAAGGAUUCAAAGACUAAUGUGAGGAAAGCAGCAUUGCAGGCCCUGCUGGGUCUCCUGAAACAUGACGUGAUCCCCAUGAGUUGGGAGACUCUUCAGACUUUGUCAGAGCGCUGCAGAGACCCAUCUGUGUCUGUGAAAAAGAAGGCCCUGCAGUGUGUGGGGGACCUGCUCAGUGUUAAACCAGAGUGCAGUGUGGUGCAAAAGGCGUGGCUGCAGGGGGUGGUGCCAGCUGUGGCGGACUCUGAGACCUCGGUGCAAGACAAGGCCCUGGAGGCGCUGGACCAGGUGCUGCUCAGUCAGGUCAAACCGUACUCUGCUGGCUGCCACCUGGAUGCCAGUCAGAGGCUGAUGUGGGAGCUGCUGGGCCUACUGUGUCACCAGUGCCAGAAGCUCAGUCGUUACUUUAGCAAGGCCUUCACCAUCUGGUCCAAACAGAAGAAGUUCACCCCGUUAUUUGUCUCCAACCUGAUCUCACAUACUGAGGCUGAUCAUGCUGCCGGAGCCUGGCUGCUGCUCUCCAAGGUUGUUUCUUCAUCCUCCAGACUGCCUCAUGGCAAGAUUCUGGACGCCUGGGACAAGAUGGUCAGAUCAAAGGAUGUAAACGCAACAACAUGCUGUCACAUCCUGUGUGUGAUGGGAGACAUUGCCGUGCAUUUAAAUGAAGACACAAAGGAAAGGGUCGUCGCUGAUCUGAUGUCUUGGUUGAAGACUUUCACUUUGCCUUUGGAGGUGAUCAGCUCUGCUGUUCAGACUCUUUAUCAGUUUGGCUGCAGUGAAGACAUCAAGCAGACUCAGGCUUUCCUGAACCAGCGCUGUGGGGAGUUGGUGUCUGCCUGCGAGUCAUAUUUGGCCAGCAUAAUCCUAACUGACAAUGGAGCUCAGAACCUCGACGAGGAGCUGAUGGUGAAACAUCUCCACACUCUGGGUGUGGCAUCACUUCAGUGUCCUGCCAAAGUUAACAAGAGGACAGUGCUGCUAGUGGAAUCUGUGCUCACAACACAUUCUGAGAAACUGGCAGAGUGCCAGACUGAGCUGCCAGCUUCACUGCCUCUUUCCCAGUUCAAAGCAAACUGGCUGCCUACCAGAGUAAGAGCCCAUGGAGUCAUCACUUUAGGUAAAUUGGCCCUGCAGAGUGAAGAACUGGCCCAAAAGUACCUGCCCGUGUUUGCCAGGGAGUUGGAGGUUGGCACAGAGGUUUCAGUACGCAGCAACGUGGUUGUGAUAAUGUGUGAUCUGUGCGUGCGGUAUACCAACAUGGUGGAUCACUACAUUCCCAACAUCUCUGCUUGUCUGCGAGACAAAGACGCUGUCAUCAGAGAGCAGACUCUCAUCAUGCUGACCAACCUGCUGCAGGAAGAAUUUGUGAAAUGGAAGGGCUCCCUCUUCUUUGACUUCAUGGUGGCUCUCGUUGACCCGGUCCCUGCCAUCGUCAGUCUCACUGAAUACUGCCUGCUCCACCUGCUGCUGAAGAAGAACCCAGAAAUGUUCAGCCAGCACUUCAUUGAGUGCAUCUUCCAUUUCAACUCCUACACAAAACACAAGUCCUACAACAAAUUCUCCCAAAGCGAGAGAGAACGCGUUCACUUCUCCCUAAAAGGAGAACAGUACCGUGAGAAACGCUUUCGAAUCUACUGCUUCCUGUUGGAGCACUUUACAGACGCUCAGCGCUUCAACAUCACCAACAAGAUCAACCAGACCAUUUUAGCGUGCUUUGCUGAUGAAGAGCUGCCCCUGGAUGCAGAUGGCGCUAACAUUUUGUCAGAGACUUUCAACAUCUUGAGCCUUAAAGAGUUUAAGCUGCAGACCAUAUGUAGUUCAGCAGGCGCUGCUGCAGGGGAGGAAGCAGAGGAGGAGAACAUGGCCACCAUGGCCAAAGCUGUUCUGCAGGCUGCACAGAAGAAAGUGGUGUCACAGGUUAGGAAGAAGGCCUUCAUAGAGAACACUGUUCCUCUCAUCAUUAGCCUGAAGAACCUGCUGGAGCAGAAGCGCUCUCCUGUUCUCAGAGAUCUCGUGGGCUACCUGCAGGUGACUAUGCAGGACUACCGUAAUGAGGUGAAGGAGAUUCUUUCUGGAGACGAGCAGCUGGCAGCUGAAAUGGAGUUUGCUCUGAAAAUAGCAGAAAAGGAGAGAGCGACAGUGGAACAGCUGGACAACGACAGCCUGGCAGGAGAUGGCAAAAAGGCCCAGGGUUCAGCCCAGCGCUCUCCUGUCAGAUCCACGGCCCUGCUGCCGUGUACCUUUGCCACACCGCAGCCACCUCGUCCAAACCUCCAGACUGCUAGACUGGCACUCACUGACCGUGUGCGUGGACCCAGGAGGCAGGACGAUGUCCAGUCUAAAUCAAUCGCUCUGGAAGGAACAGUGAUGGCUAAAGGAGCUGCCAGCGACAGAGCCAUCAGCACACCAAAGGGUGUCAAAAUCAACUUGACCUUUGAUGAAGGACUCAGCGCAAUCCUCAGUGAGCAGGGAACAAGUGAAGAGGGCAGCGUGCUUCAUGUGCGAUCGAGUGAAGCCCAGGCUCCUGGACCGAGGCAGUGGAAUGUGCAGUCUCCUCUGCGUCUGAGGAAGAGACUGUAGUGGAUGCGUCACUCAGUUUGUGUGUGUGUGGGUUGUCUUUAUCUACAACAAUAUCCUUUCUUCUCACUUUGAGGUUUUUUCACUCUUUGUUUAGCUGCUUUUGCACUGAUGUAUUGAUGUACAAUAUGAAAUAAAAGUUCAACAUAUGGUGUUUCACUGA